CGUUAGAUGAGAUAAUUUCAAACCCAGUUUUGUGUUAUCUAGCCUAAGCAGUCAGGACACUGUGUAUUAAUAUUAAUCAGCUGUGAUAUCAUUGCCAAAACAAAGUUAUCAACAUUUCAAUAACCUGAAAGUGUAAAUUGUUAUUCCCCUUUAACCAAAACAUCCCGGCCAAUCAAAUUUGGCCAUUCAAUGAACUCUACUUUCAGUUUAAUAUUAUUUGACAGCUCAACAGUAAUUUAAUUGCCACAAAAUAAAUCUGGUCUAGACUACACAUAGCCAGCCAUCUCUUUAUUUUAAUAAUGUACUGAGUAUAUUAUUGUCAGGGUUGUUAUCAAUGACAGAGGGCACGUGAAAAUAAAAUCACGUGUUCAUUGAUGUUAAGUCAGCUGUGAUUCACUGAUUGUUGAUAGUGAUUAGAUACAUUCUAAUUUGCGACAUUCUCUCAUCAGUUAAAAUGUUAUGUUAUUAGAAUCAAUGUUUAGUAUGUCAGAAAUGUGCAUGUGAUCAAAGUAUAAUUCACUGUUAAUAACAGAAAAUUUAUUGUAAAAAAAAAAAAAGAAAUUCUGCAUUAUUUAUUUAACUUUAUAUAUAGGCCCACUAAAUUAAAGUACAUGUGUCAUGUACAGGGCUUCAGGUGACUUUCUCGUGUAUGAUGAGGUGAUUUUUCAAGUAAACAUUUAUUAAAGAUGCAUUAUGUUAUUUAAAAUUAAGAGCCGAAUCUUCCCAUUGCCAAUCUUUAUUUUGGCUUUUUACAUUUUUUUAUUAACAUGACAAGCCUUAAUCAACCCUCUAGUUCAUCAGAUGGCCAGGAUUUAAAUGAAUUAGAACAUUUAAUUAAAAAUUUAAUGAUAAAAUGACUAAUCAGCUCUUAGUAGGCCUACUGUUUCUAGACCAUCAGAUGGCCUAGAUUUAAAUGAAUUAGAACGUCCGCAAGAUUUAAAAAUUUAAUGAUAAAAUGAAUAAUCAAGAUUUAGUCUUGAUUGUCAAGUAAUUAGACCUAGGAUGGUUGCUACAAUAAUAAACGGUCAUAACUUCGCUCACGAGAAAUUAUGUUCAUUUUUUAUUAUCUAUUUUUGAAUUAUUAUAGCAAAAACGACCAGCUUCAUCUAAAUCUUACAUGACACAUCUUUCCAACUUCAGAUGGCAGAGUCCAAGAAGCCUUCUUGUUGUAUAUUAGUUCUGUGUGGGUUACCGGGUUCAGGUAAAAGCUCAUUAUGUCACUACCUGCAUUCAUGGCAACAGGAAUCAGAACAAUAUUUACCAGUUUUAAUUGAGUAUGACCAGUUGAUGCCACCAGAUCUUGAAACAGAUUUAAUAGAAAAUCAGUCUAAUAAGAAUAAUUCCUGGAAGAGCUACAGAGAACAAAUUGUCAAAUGUAUUGAAUAUUUGAUCUUGAAAACAAACACACAUAAUACAAUUGAUUUUACAUUGGAUGGCAUAGAUCACAGAUUACUAGAAAAAUUCAAAGACAUUAUAGACAAGCAGAUCAUUAAUUUAAAUAGAAACAAUGUAAAAGUCACCAAAAAACAAAUAGACCAUUCUUCGGAAGAAGAAGUGACUGAUGACGAUUGUUGUGAAUUUAAUCCUGACAGUAAACAUGAUGCAUUAAUGACUCACCAAGGAUCAUCUGAUUAUGAUGUAGCUAAUCCAUAUUCACAAAUAAUGAACAAUGCGUUUGAGAAAGUGGAUCUUGAUAAUACAUCUGUUGUUAUUAUUAUAGACGAUAAUAUGUAUUAUAGAAGUAUGAGAUAUGAUUAUUAUCAACUAGCGAGAAAUUAUGCAACAAAUUCCUGGGAAAGAUAUUCAUUACAAUAUUCAGCCAAUUUACAAGAAUUAUCAAGGAGUAAGUUUAUGGAUUUCAUUCAUUUCGUUAAAUCAAACCCUGUUGCACCCCAAGAAGAAACAGAUCCAGAAAUAAUAGCUGAAAGUCAGAGAUUAACUUCAGCUAAUAUGAUCCAUCAAGCUGAUUUAAUUAUUCGUCAACUUAUAUCGGAACAAAUGGUACAAGCUAAAAGAAAUGGUGCAACAAAAGAUGAUUUAAAGAAUUUAUCUUCAAAAUUAGCCGAUGUCAAAAUUCAAAUAACGAAAUCAUUAAAACAAGACGGCAUAAUUCUUAAAGAUGAACAAUUAAUCAUUGAUGCGGCUAAAGACAUUAACAGUGAAUUAUAUCAAAUUAUAACCCAAAUAUUUAAUGAUUCUAUUAGUUGAUAUAAAUUAUCAUGUUACAGGCAUAUCAAAUUGUUCUAAUUUAUCUCUUUCUCUAACUGGACAAACCAAUAAUCUUUUCCUUUAUAAGGAUUUUUGGCCAUUCAAUGUUGAAUAUGCAAAACCUUCUUCAUUAUAACUGAAUCUGUAUUGACACCAAGAAUAAGUACUUUACUAGGAAUUUGAACCAAGAAUAAGUAUUUUACUAGGAAUUUAUACCAAGAAUUAGUAUAGUUAUAGGAAUUUACAACAAUAAUUAGUACGGUACUAGAAAUUUACACCAAUAAUUAGUACAGUACUAGAAAUUUACACCAAGAAUUAAUAUGGUACUAGAAAUUUACAACAAGAAUUAGUACGAUAUUAGGAAUUUACACCAAGAAUUAGUACAGUACUAGGAAUUUAUACCAUGAAUUAGGAAUUUACACCCAGAAUUAGUAUGGUACUCGGAAUUUACACCAAGAUUUGGUAGUGUAGUAGGAAUUUUAAUGACACCACACUAAAAUAUUGACCAGACUGAAAACAGCAGCUGUAACAAGCAUGGUGAAAACUGGAGACUAUGUACUUAACCUGGUGUCCAGUAGAUCCUUUGUGUGGGAAAAGUUCAUUUCUGCAUCUGUUUUUACACCAUCAUUGCAUUUUUUUACAAUUUUACUGCCAGCAGUUAGUGCUGAAUACAUGCAUUAAUAUAUUUAAUGCUAGAGAGACUAACAUAUGGUUCAACACUUCAAUUUUAUUUCAAUAAUUUGUUUGAUUGUAGGGGUCUUUGGCAGUGGGAAGAAACCGGAGAACCCAGAAAAAACCAAUGAGGUUGGACAUGCGACCCUACUCCUUGUCACGUACAAGCAGGGAAUCUAUAACAUGCCACAUGACUCAAUAUCUUAUGAUAUACAGUUAUACCCCUACGUCCACCCAAACCACCAAAAUUAUAGGGAACACUGGUUCUAAUAUGAAUAACUGUAACACAUAGUUAUAAAUCAGUUUUUUUUUUUUUAUUAAAUUGGCAAAUUAUACAUAAUAUACAUGUUGAAUAUAUUUACCUUAUAUUUGUUGUUCAACAAAUCA